UAUAUUCUACAAAGACUUCAAUACGAAACAUGUUGGGGAAAAUUUUGCUGAAAGUUGCUCUUCUCUGGUGUAUCCUCGCUUUAGUGAAGGCUAGAGAGGAAGAAACUGUGGAACAAUGCGAACAAGUUAUGCCACAAUCUUUGAAGGGACGUAUCUGUGAAAUACGUCAAUAUACACCGGUUAAAGGGCAGGACAUGGAUAACCACAUGCAGUGCGUACUGCAAGUAAUUGGAUUUGUGGAGGAAUCCGGUGAUGUUGUGUUCCAGGAGCUUCUCGGUUUACUGAAAAUGACUGACUCUAAGCAGGAUCAUGUGGGCAAUAUUAAAACAUGUAAAGCUGAAGCAGAUCAGGUGGCUAGCUCUAGCAAAGCGAACAAGUUUUAUACUUGCUUUUUGAAAACGAGCUCAUCGCAAGCAUUUAAGAUGGCCUUUGAUUAUGUGGAGCUGCUGUUAGCAGGUAAAAUACGCUCGGACAUGCCAUUCGAUGCUAGCCGUGUGUCAAUGUUGAUGAGGCAAAUUGAUGAUGGUUUAUGCGCAUGAGCGAUCAGAGAAUACAAUCUAAAUAAAGAAUAACCUUUGCAGCAAAAUAUUAAAAAA